AUGCCCCAAGACCCUGCGGUCAUUGGGUCGGCUCCAUUAGAUCCGCGUAGCUUCUCCAGCACACAAUUCCUGGAGAGCGAGGUUGUUGAUACUUUGGCUUCUGAGUUCGAUAUUAUUGCUGUUAGUGAGCAACAAAUGGAGGAAUAUCUGGAGCAGUUUGACUGGGAAGAAGUCGGAGAGUAUGGAGACGAAGAUACUGUUGCUUUGUGGAACACUAUCCUCAACCCUCCAAGCAAUAGCACCAGUGUUACCAGCAAUCAAAAUGACAGCGAAGCUAGUACUGACUCCCAUACAAGUGCCAGUGAUGGCGUUUCCAACACCGGCGCGGUUCCACAAGAGAGUAGCACACAAGCAAAUAACACCAACACCAACGCUAAUACUGGCUCGCAUUUUACAACAAAACGGUUGGGGUCGUGUGGAGAACCAAUUCCAGUGGCAAACAAGCAACCUUACCCCUCUGAAAAUGAUCCCUUGUUUCCGCAAGAAAAAUCCCUAACUGGGAUCCGAGCACGAAAGACCAGUCUGGCGUCGCUGGUUGGUAACCUGCAGUAA